AUGAUUGCAAAAUUCACACCCAUGGCCGCCGUGGCCAUGGCUUGUUCCUUCGUGCUCACUGUUGGGCGGCGACAGGGGGGUCCUCACGAGCUGCUGGAUCCAACAGGGACCAUAGACGUCGGUCUCGCCAAGGCUGAGGCAGCGGUCGAGAGCGAAAUUGAGCUCGUGGGUUCUGAGCUCCGCUCUGCCCAAGAGUCUGAGAGACAGGCAUGGGCAAGAAUUUCAAGCGUUACCCAAGUGGGUCCUACCCUGGAUGACAUAGCAGCAAAGGUCUCGACGAACUUCUUGAUCUCUAGCGAGGAUGUACCUCCUUCGGACCCCCAAGGGAUGUACUGGCUGCAGGUCCAGAUGUCGGCCUUCGAUUCGGAUGGAUGCAACCGCUUCAAGUCCUUGGUGGCUGGAGAGAUGCAAAAGCUGCAGUUCCCCAUUAGCCUGCUGCCAAUGACUUGCGAGGGAGCGAAGCUCCGCGUGCGGUGCCUUCCCCGACCGCUUCCUGAUGGAGCGCCAGCAGCCCUUCAGCUGUUCAGUGCUCAGAUCCACCACAUUAACAUCACAGAAGGCACCCUGGCAGAUGUCAGCGACAUCGUGGCCAACAAGGACGCGCCAGUUCUCGAGGAGAUUUUUCAGGGCCUUCGUUACGACUUGGACGUCAGCGUCACGAAGGCUUUGGAAAGGCUUGUCGUUCAGAAGCUUGAGGAUUUCGUGGCAAGGAAGGCUGACCACAAUGUGGCGAUGCUGGACAGAGGCAACUGCAGUGCGGGCGAGCUCCCUUGCAGAUAUGCUUGGGAGGGUGAGUGUUGCAGUACGAGUAGCUGCCAGGACUACCUGACUGAACAGUGCAAGUUCAACGCCACCUACUGCAUGGAAUAUUGCAAGGCCACUCUCGAGUCAGCCAAGGCAGCCGGCGUGGACCUGGUCCAGCAGGUGGUUGGUAUGUUCAAAGGUGCAUCCUCAGACCUCCGCUUGGCCUACGACGACGCUAAGCGGCGAGAGCUUAUUCACAUGACACCCUUGUUGAACAUUUCUUACCAGAGUCUGAUUGGUAGCUUGGCGGACAAUCUCAAGAGCCUUCCUCCGCAUCUGCGUGGCAAUCCCUGGGCCAUGUCUCUUGCCAGCAUACUCGAGGGAGCUACGGAGACAAUGGACACACUGGACUCUGUCGAAAUCAAGAACUUGCCGGGCGUUAAGGCUGUUGUAAGCCUGAAGAACAUGCACCCGUUUAAGCUUUUGGGCAGCAUCAUGCAGGACGUUGGCCUUUUCAAGCUUCUCCGUCAAACUAGCGAAAGCUAG